AUGCCUCCCCUCCGGAAGUAUGGGACGAAAAGAUCCACCGCCUCCGCCGCCAUUUUCGGCCGGUCUCCCAUCGCCGCCCCCGCUUCCGUCCCAGCUCCUCCUACCCUCCGCGACCCCCUCGGAGAGCUUUCGACCAAUCUCGGUGCUCUCGUCCUAGUGGACACAGCCAAAGUCUCGUCCAAGCCCGAGCCCGAACUCCUCCCACUCCUCAACCUCCUCCAUCUCUCCCCAAAAUCUUGGGGGACUGUCCUUUCCACCUCGGACACAACCCUCGAGAAGAUUGCCAAGGCCUCCUAUGCAGAGGUAUACCGUGCUACCAAUUCUGGGGGCACUUCAAUCCUCAAAGUAAUGGAAAUCAAGGUCUCAACAAAUCCAGAAUCACUCGAGAGUCGAACAGCCUGUGCCGUUGAGGAUGUUGUCUCUGAAUUGCGCAUCAUGAAUCAACUUACAGAACUCCCUGGCUUCGUCUUAUACAAGGACGCUCACCUCAUCCGAGGCAAACCAGUUCCUCAAAUCAAGCAAGCUUGGGAUGCCUGGGAGGAAAAAUACGAAGAAUCCAUGUUUCCCGACCCCGAUGUCUUCGGACCCACAUCUACCUUCCUUGUCAUUGAACUCGGCGACGCUGGCAGGGAACUGAAUGAUGAACCAAUGAAGCAGAUUGAGCAAGUCUGGGAUGUUCUGCUAGGCGUUGUCAUUGCUCUCUCGCGAGCUGAAGCAACCCACGAGUUCGAGCAUCGCGAUCUUCAUAACAGCAAUAUCUGCGUCAUCCAGAAAGGCAAUUUCGCCUCCAUCAACCCCAACAAUCACGGAAACCUCAAGUUCGGCUUCUCCGGUCUCGAGAUCACAAUCAUCGACUACGGCUUAUCUCGUGCAAAGCUUUCAAGCGGCGAAAUCGUAUUCAACAAUCUUGAAACCGAUCCUGGCCUCUUUAAAAGCACAGCUACCGGCGGCGAUAAAAUUCAAUUCGAUAACUACCGCCGUAUGCGCACCCACCUCCUCACUGGCGAACGUAAGAUGGCCGCGUUUUACACGCUGGAGCCCGAUCAAUCCAAGAAUGGCAAUGUCUGGUCCGAAUACAUCCCCUACACCAAUGUCCUCUGGAUUCGCUACCUGCUACACCACCUCGAACGAUCGUUCAAGGAGCACGGCGUCGAUCAGAAGGAGUUGACGGAGUUCAAGAACCAGACUAAGGAGUUGAAGACGAGGUUGGAUCCGAGGACUUUGGUGAAGAAUGGGGCGUUUGAGACGGCGGGUGGUGUGCUGGAUUUUGUUUGGGAGAAGGGGUGGGUCAGCCAGGAGCAGUUGGAGGAGAGAGGGGUUGAUACCACUAUUCUGAGUGAGGCAUGA